AUGGUGGAGAAGAAGGGCCUCCUGCAGUGGCCAGCUAAGAUGCAUGAUACACUUGCAAAGAAAAAUUCUCACAAGUAUUGCAGGUUCCAUAAAGACAAAGGCCAUAACACGGAGGACUGCUACCAGUUGAGGGACGAGAUCGAAAGAUUGAUAAGACAAGGUUAUCUAAAACACUUGAUCGAUAGGAGGGCUAAAGCAGGUGAUCGCAGCAAGUCACGGAGCCGUGAGCGGCACCAAAAAGAUGAGGCAGGAAAGAGCAUAGCUCGGGAUAAUGCACCCACAAAGGGUAUUAUUCAUACUAUCUCGGGUGGACCGACGAAUGGAGAUUCGAUGAGAGCGAGAAAGAAAUAUGUCAGGGAGAGCAGGUUCAAGUAUGGAGAACAAAUGAUGCAUGUAGAGAAGCAAGAAAAUAUCGUCUUUGGAGACGAAGAUUUGAGUUUGGAUAUGCUCGAUCAGAAUGACCCCAUGGUCAUUAAGAUGGACAUUGCCAACUAUCAGGUACAUAAAGUGUUGAUAGAUGAUGGUAGUUCCGUUGAUAUUAUUUUCAGUGAUGUUCUCAGAAAAAUGGACUUGGGGAAUGUGAAGCUGAGGCCAGUUCGAACACCUUUGGUCGGGUUUGGAGGUAGUGAAGUCGUGCCUGAAGGUGUGAUCGAGCUACCAGUUUCUUUGGGAGAAGAACCUAGAAGGAAGACGUGCAUGGUUCAGUUUUUGGUGGUCGACAGCCCAUUCGCAUAUAACGUGGUAUUGGGACGACCAUGA